UCCCCUCUAUUAUCGAAAAUAAGCUAUAUCUGCCCUCUGUUAUACUUUUAUAACAAAUAUAUCUCAAUCGUCAUACUUUAGAGCUAUAUUUACCUCUCACCUUUUAAAACUUCAUUUUCAGCUCUAAAAAGUCACGUCUCAUGCUCUUAUUAAACGAAAAAAAACAACCAUAACUGCCAUUAGUAGUCAUUGUAGAAUGAACUGGACGAGCUACAACAAACUAACUACCAUAACUGAAAGCUCCAACACAAAAGAACUCAUCAAACUUAAUUGCCUUCUUUCAAACUUUUCUCGUUCCCACCAAUUCUUGAAUGCUCUUCACCUCUUCUACAAAAUCCACUCUUCGCUUCAUUUAAAACCAGAUCAUUAUACCCUUUCAACAACCUUAACUGCCUGUUCUAACAUCGUACAUCACACUAAAUUCGGCAACCAGCUACACGCUUUCGCCAUUAAAACAGGACUUAAAGAAUAUUCUCACGUAUCGAAUUCUCUCCUUUCGUUGUAUUCCAAGUCGAAAGAUUUGUGUUCAGUGAAAAGGGUAUUUAAGGAAAUUGAAACUCCAGAUGUUUAUUCAUGGACAACGUUGUUGUCUGCUUGUACUAAGUUGGGUGAAGUUGGGUAUGCUUGUAAGGUGUUCGAUGAAAUGCCGCAGAGAAAUUUGGCUGUCUGGAACGCGAUGAUUACAGGGUGUGCUGAUAGCGGGUGUCACGGGGUUGCUUUGGAUUUGUUUAAAAGAAUGCAUUUUUCGGGUGUUAGAUGUGAUAAUUAUGCUUUUGCUAGUGUUUUAAGUUUGUGUGAUUUGGAGUUAUUGGAUUUUGGAAGACAAGUGCAUUCGAUUGUCAUUAAAACGGGGUGUUUGGCUAGAGCUUCGGUGAUCAAUGCGUUGGUUACGAUGUAUUUUAACUGUAAGAAUGAUUUCGAUGCUUUUGGAGUAUUUCAAGAAGCUGGGGAUGAAGUGCCUGAUCAUGUAACGUAUAACGCAAUGAUCGCUGGUUUAGUGAGUAUGGAAAGAGUUGAGGAGGCCUUAAUGAUGUUCAAGGAUAUGCAAAUGUUUUCUUUGACACCCAGUGAGCUCACGUUCGUGAGCAUAAUGAGUUCAUGUUCAUGUAUUAGAAUUGCUUCUCAACUUCAUUCUCAAGUUGCGAGAAGAGGUUUAGAAAACUAUACAUCUAUAGCUAAUGCAACUAUAACCAUGUAUUCAAGUUGCGGGGACAUGAAUGCAGCCUUUUUAGUUUUUGAAAGACUAAAGGAGAAGGAUAACGUGUCGUGGAAUGCCAUGAUUACGAGCUAUGCCCAAAAUAGUUUGGGGAGAGAAGCAAUUUUCACAUAUGUUGAGAUGCAGAAGGAAGGGAUAAAGGCAGAUGAGUUUACAAUAGGAAGCAUACUAGCGAGCGCAGAGUCUCUAGUAGUUGUCGAAAUGAUUUUAGGUGUUGUUUUAAAGAAGGCACUUAUCUUGAAGACUGAAGUAUCUAAUGCACUGCUCUCUGCCUUCUGUAAGCAUGGUGAAAUGAAACAGGCUUAUCAAGUUUUUCAUGACAUGUUUCCUAGAAACAUGAUCUCUUGGAACACAUUGAUUUCUGGUUGUCAUCUAAACGGACUACCCAUGGAUUGCCUGCGCCUGUUUUCUGAGAUUGUUAGAGAAGGUUUGAUGCCUAACCCUUUUACUCUCAGCAUCAUUAUGAGUGUUUGUGCCAGCAUUUCAGCUCUACAGCAAGGGAAGGAGAUUCACACUUACACUCUCAAAUCUGGAUUGUUUUUAGAAAUAUCCUUAGGAAAUGCUCUCAUCACUUUAUAUGCAAAAUGUGGAAUGUUGAAUUGGUCUCUAAAGGUGUUCCAGAUGAUGAUAGAAAAAGAUGUAGUCUCUUGGAAUUCGAUUAUUACUGCCUAUGCUCAGCAUGGGAAAGGCAAGGAAGCUAUAACUUGCUUUGAGAUGAUGCAAGAAUUAGGUGGGGUCAAACCAGAUAACACCACCUUUAAUGCAGUUCUGUCAGCUUGCAGCCAUUCAGGCUUAAUUGAUAAAGGCAUUGAGGUUUUUACCUCUAUGGUUCGUACCUAUGGUAUAGAGCCUACAGCAGACCACUUAUCUUGCAUUGUCGAUCUUCUAGGUCGGGCUGGGUAUCUUGAUGAGGCAGAAAAACUGAUUAAAGAUAGGCAUGUUGAUGUAGAUUCCACUGUUUGGUGGACACUAUUCAGUUCAUGUGCUGCUUAUGGCAAUGUUAGACUAGGCAGAAUUGCUGCGGGGUUUCUGCUUGAGACCGAAAAGAAUAACCCCUCGGUUUAUGUGCUUUUAUCCAAUAUUUAUGCCAGUGCAGAGAACUGGGAGGACUCCGCUAAUGUGAGGAAAUUGAUGAAUAAAUGUGGAGUGUUAAAGCAACCAGGAAGCAGUUGGAUAGGAUCCUAAAGC